AUGAAAUUGCAAUUAGCGAUCCAAGACUGGGAGCAAGCACUAGACACUUCUCAACGGUGCAUAGCUAUUGAGCAUAGUUGCAUUGAUGCUAUAAGCUUUCAAUUACUUUACUACUUGUGCAAGGUUGGAGAUCACAGCGAGUGUGGCCGUGAUCAAACUAUACUGCAAAACUUAUCUCACCUGGCAGAAAAAGGAUCAACUUUGGCCCCGAACGACCAACAAUAUGCAGUCAAUAUGGGUCGUAUUUUGUUGCUUCAAAAUCGUCCAAAGGAGGCAACGCGACAUUUCCAAAUGACUUUGGAGGCGAGUGAUUCGAGUGUGACAGGAUUACAAGGAAUCAUUCAGUGUCAACUUAUUCAAGGUCAGUUGGCUGAAGCGGGAACACAGCUUGAAUUUCUUCGUGAAUUGGAACCAACAAUAGGGAAAUCUGUCGAAUUGAGCUUCCUAUCAGCGAUUUUAGCCAGAAAACAAGGUGCACCAACUCAACAAAUCGUCAGCUUACUUGAUGAGGCAUACGAAUUGCAUUCGAAACGGUUUCAGAAUAUCCAAAUGAGCUUCGAGUAUUUUGGAGCUUUGAACGUAGAUUUUAUCGUGCAGCUGGUCACCGAAUAUCUAUAUCAAGCUCCACAACAACCACCCUCGUCCAGUUGGCUUCCGACCGGUACUAAUCGACGUCAGGACGAUCCAAUAUUAAUGCGUUGUUUAAAAGUACUCGAACCUGUGAUCUCAACCGCCCCGGGUAUCCAAAUUGCGGUUUAUCUGCAAGCGUACGUGCACUAUCUGCUUGGGGAUUCGAUCACGGCACUAAGCAGUGUCAAGGCAUGCUUGGAAUUGGACGAGACCUGGGUCGAAGGGCAUAUUCUAUUGGCUCAGAUUUAUUUGUAUCAAGCCAAUUUGCAAUUGGCCGAGAGAGCUUUGGAGACUGGUUUGAGUAAUAAUUUUGAAGUGCGAAAUCACCCACUGUAUCAUCUGGUUCGUGCUCGACUACUAAUUUGUCAGGGUUCUGCCAAAGUGGCAGUUCAGAUUCUGAAACAGACCAUUGCCUCAAUUUCCAAUUCCGACUCGAACACCGGCGGUGGUGGACGUGCAGCUCUGACAAAACGGCCCACACUGACUGGGCCGUCUCAGGAACCAAGUUUAUUUGGAGGCAGAACAUUGUCUAACAGUGAGCGUUUGACUCUGUACCUAGAACUAGCAGAAGCGCAUCGUAGUUUGAGUGAAUGGCACGAAGCCACCAAAGUGCUUCAGGACGCUCAGCUGAUUUUCUGUGGAACCAGUGAACUCGGGCGCGUCACGAUUGCCAGUGCCGAACUAGUUCUGGCUCAGGGAGACCAUGAGGCGGCGUUGACCACACUCCGAUCAAUACGCCCUGAAAACGCGUACUAUGUACAAGCUCGACAACACAUGGCUAAUAUCUAUUUACAGCAUAGGAAAGAAAAGAAGCUUUAUGCGGCCUGUUAUCGGUAA